AUGGUGCCUGGGUAUUUUCGAUGGGCUGGGCUGUUUGGCCUUCUCCAGAUUCUCACUUCGGAAACAGCGAACUUGCUGCCUGACUUCCACUUCCAGAGCGAUGACGAGGCUCGAAAAGAGGCUUCCACUGCUAGGUGUCAACAGCUUUUCCAGCAGUUGCUGGCCAACCACGAGAAGCACGUGCCAGAGCUUCUCGAGGAGCUGCGGGGCAUUGCAACUGGGGCCAACGUGUCCAGCGAGCGGCUUAUUGCCAUGAGGAGUUGGCAUAUUGCCAAGACACUUUGGCGGCCACCCCCCGACGAGUCGACCACUGCACGGAGACUUUGCAUCCGCUUGGAUCGCUUGGGAUUCUAUGCUUUGCUGCAAGACUGCAUUUGCAACUCGCAGCAUUGUUUUGAUGCGCACAACGAGGACGGUGAUAUGGCUGUCGCGUGCCUGCAGAAAGCUGGAAUGAGUAUGCGUGCUUCCAGAGACAAGUGGCUGUUUGCUGCUUUCGUCUCCUUCGGGAAGAGCAACUUCACUGUCCUAAAUUAUGCCGGUGAUCUGCUUGGGGGAAUGUCGGCCUUCGCCUUCAACAAACAGGGCAUUGCAUUCUCGCUGAAUUGGGUGGGUCCGGGAGACUGCGAUCCUACUGGCCUCGGUCGCAACUUCAUUAGCAGGCAGCUGCUGACAGCGACAGGUUGGGACGAGGCUCAGCGUAUCAUAUCCCAGCGACAUGCAGCAGGCCACAACUAUCAACUCAUGGAUUUCAAGAGCCGUCGAAUCGCGAACUUCGAGGUUGCUCACGACCAGGUGUCUGAAGUGGCCGUCGGAAGCGCUUUCUUCCAUGUCAACCAGUAUCAGACGCUGACCGUCCCCGAUCAGGUGGUCGGGAAUAGCUCCGUGCAUCGCUUGGCACGGCUUCGCAUGCUGCCAGCGCCGCAGACGCCACAGGAUGCACUGAAAAUUCUUGGAGACCAGCACGACCGCUCGUAUCCCAUUUUCCAUGACGAGCACUCGCACGCAACCGGGGACUUGAGUGAUUGGACACUGGCCACAGUGCUGUUCAACCUCGACCAGGGAACGGUGAACCUCAUGGCCGGAAACCCCAAGGAGCUGCAGCUACAAAGGCGUUUCUGGCUUUCAAUGCCACCACAGCCUGACCAAGCGCCACGGUUGUGA